GAACUCGGCAAUCUCAUUCGCAGAACAUCUUCGGUAAGACCCAAGACGCUUGUCAAUCAGGCAAACGGGUGGGUAGCAGCUAACAAGUUUUGGCUACUUUAAGCUAACACCAGUCCAAAUUCAGUAAAUAUAAAUUCUUUCGCGUACAAGGUAUUUUGCUAAAUUUAGCAACGAUAGCCAUCGUUCAGUUGUAACUUUAAUAUAAUGACAGACAGCAUUUACUGGAGGGCAAUGUCUCAAAAUCCUAGAAAGUAACGCCUUUACCAGACCGACUCCUGAGAUAGUUUGUUUCCGUGGAGGAGCUAAAAGUAAUGGAGGUAAUGAUUGGGUUAUGAGUGUGGGUGAUGGAGGACAAUCAGUGUGCGGACGUGGACUAUCUCAUCCAAGAUGAAGACACGUUAAUAGAAGGUGUGAGCAACCAAGUUCUGUUUGUUGUGGUGCUCACCAUCACCUUCCUGGCAGGCUUCCUUACGCUACUCUGCAGAGAGGAGCAACCGCAUAAUAUUCAUCCGGAGAAUCAGGAGCAUGUUCGCGCUGUCCGACAGCAGCUUCAAACGGAGCAGGAGGAAAAUCCCCAGCCAGAACCCAGGCCGCAGUAUUAUAGAGACAUGUCUUGCCCUGUAUGUUUACAACAAGCUGUUCUCCCUGUUGAGACCAACUGUGGUCAUCUUUUCUGUGGUUCCUGUAUUAUAGCCUACUGGAGGUAUGGCGCCUGGUUGGGUGCCAUUAACUGUCCCAUAUGCAGACAAAUGGUGACAUUGCUCUUCCCGUUGUUCCAUGAGCAUGCCACUCCUCAGAGGGUCCAGGAUGGUGAGGCAGAACCUCAGCUCAUCCUAAGAGACAUCAACGAUUACAACCGUCGCUUCUCAGGCCAGCCAAGAUCUUUAAUGGACAGGCUGCGUGACGUACCGACCCUCCUCCGCCACGCUUUCAGGGAAAUGUUCUCCGUGGGCGGACUAUUCUGGAUGUUUCGAAUCCGAAUUCUCCUCUGUCUGGUUGGAGCCCUGACCUACCUGGCUUCGCCGCUCGACAUCGUCCCUGAGGCGCUUUUCGGCCUUCUCGGAUUCAUGGACGACUUCUUUGUCAUCCUCCUCCUCUUCGUCUAUAUCUCGAUCAUGUACAGGGAGGUGGUCACGCAGAGACUGAACGGCUAAGGCGGCCUUCGUCAUUAAAAGACAUUCCUGUGCCCUUUUGCAACCAGGGAGUCGAAUAUUAUUUAUGGGGGAGGUAUAUGUAUAAAUUACCAAAGGGAAAGUUUUCAACACUGUUGGGUUUGCUUUGCUUACUUGGUAGCCAGCGAUCUUAAAUCGUCAGAGGACUGGGAUUUGAAAGGAAUGACUCUUGAUGGAAAACAUUUUUUUUAAAGAUGUGAUGUUCAUUUUUAUUUCAAGUGGGCCAAUUAAUCGGAUUUGUUAUUGAAGCAGGGUUUCUAUUAGACAGGAGGCCACAAUUUGACAAAGUGCACUAUUUGCAUCAAGUUUUGGACGUUUGUUUUGUUUGAUGGGACCUUGUUUACAAUGGAUUCGGCACCAACAACAACGUGUGCUGUAUGGGGCUUGGAAAUGUGCAAGUCAUUGUGCGACUCAUUAUCCGUUCAGUGACUCUACAUUUGUUCAUUAUGUUGACUAUUCAAUUCUCGGAAAAUAUCUAAUUAUCCUGAUCAGUCAUUGGAUGUCUCGACUUGCAGAGUAUUUCGAUGAUGUUGCACAUGUGGCUAUGAACUGGUGUUUACUGGAGACUGCACAGUUGGUGGGGGUUUGUCACCUGCAUUUGACAAAUAAAUGUGAUGCUUGAGCAAUGUGCAAUUAA